CUUCACGCUUGUGACCAGACUGCCAAGCUGCUAUAGCCAUGCAUCGUCGUUAGCACCGUUUACCGAUCCGAAUACCACGACCCAACGCCCUUCCCAGCCGGCGGCCUGAACCAGGUCCCGGCUCCGCCAUCAUGGCUGCGGUCCUCACCUUCCUGCGCAACCUCUACGACCUCGACACUCUCGACACCCGCUUCACCAACCCUGCCACUGUCCCCUACAAGACCGUCGUCGAUGCCCGCAAUGACCGCGACGCGAAAAGCAGCAAGGAGCGUGCGGCGAGCUGGAACUUGUCCGGCCAGCCGUCGAAAUGGAACACGCCCGAGUUCUACUUUUACUUGAUCUACAUUGGCGCCAUCCUGCCAGCCAUGUUCUACAUUCCUUACCAGGCUUCAAGAUACGACCACCCGGCUUUCCACAAGUUUGAACGAUACCUCGAACCAGGCUGGAUCCCCGGCCGCCUGAUUGACACGUCUGAUGCGCAAUACCAUACCUUCCGAGGCAACCUGCCGUACAUGAUGACCCUGAUCGUUGUGCAUCCGAUCAUGCGCCGGGUCUAUACCGCGAUAUUCCACCGCAAGAAGACCAGCGACCUCACGACCACGAGUCCCGCCGAGGACGCUCAGAGCCGCUUAGACCAGCGGGUCGGCUAUGACUUCAAGUUUGCCAUCAAGUUCCUAGUCGUCCUCCAUGGCUUCUCAGCCCUCAAGGUCCUCCUGAUCUUAUUCCUCAACUUCAAGAUCGCCAAAGCGCUUCCCCGGAAAUAUGUGCCUGCUGCGACAUGGAUCUUCAAUGUUGGCCUCCUCUUUGCCAACGAGCUGUGCCAGGGAUAUAAGAUGGAGCGGAUCGCGGAGUUCCUUGUCGGCGUCCCCGGCAAGACAGUCGGAGACGUGGACGGUGGCCUUGUCGCGUGGGGAAAGUGGCUCGACAGCUUUGGUGGCCUCAUGGGCAGAUGGGAGAUUCUGUUCAACAUCACUGUGCUGCGUCUGAUCAGCUUUAAUCUUGACUACUAUUGGAGUUCAGACCGCGGCCAGCAAGACAUCCUAGAGAAGAAGCAACUCGACCCCUCGGCGCUCAGCGAGCGUGAGCGCGUGUCCAUCCCGGCACAAGCCCGUGACUACUCCUUCCGCAAUUACGUGGCAUACGUCAUCUACGCACCGCUCUAUCUCACGGGGCCAAUCAUCACAUUCAAUGACUACAUUGCGCAGGCGAGGUACAAGUCUGCAACUAUCGAGACAGGCCGCACAGUUCGCUACGCAAUUCGGUUCCUCAUCACCCUGCUCGUCAUGGAGGUUGUACUUCACUUCGACUACGUGCAGGCCAUUUCCAAGGCCAACCCGAAUUGGGGCGACUACACCGCCGCGCAGCUCAGCAUGCUUAGCUACUUCAACCUGCACCUGAUCUGGCUGAAGCUCCUGCUGCCAUGGAGGCUCUUCCGUCUCUGGGCUCUUGUCGACGGCAUCGACCCGCCGGAGAACAUGAUCCGCUGCGUUAGCGACAACUACAGCACACUGUCGUUCUGGCGGAGCUGGCACCGGAGUUUCUACCGCUGGUCCCUGCGCUAUAUCUACAUGCCCCUUGGCGGCGCAAGCUUCAAGGGCGCCAAAGAGGCGGCGCGGUCGAUCAUGACGUACAUGCUGGUGUUCACUUUCGUCGCGCUCUGGCACGACAUUCAGAUGCGCCUGCUCAUCUGGGGCUGGCUGGUCGUGUUUUUCAUGCUGCCCGAGAUGAUGGCGGGGGCCCUGUUCCCCAAGCGGAAAUGGGAAUCAGAGCCCACCACCUACCGCAUGAUCUCAUGUGUUGGCGCCGUCAUCAAUAUUCUCAUGAUGAUGGCGGCGAAUCUGGUCGGGUUCGCUGUCGGCGUGGACGGGCUGCAGAAGAUCAUUGCUGGUAUAUCUCAGGACCACUCUGGCAUGACGUUCUUGGCUGCUGCCAUUAUUGCGCUGUUCUGUGGUGCUCAGGUCAUGUUUGAGAUCCGUGAGACGGAAAAGAGGAGGGGAAUCAACCUCAAAUGCUAG